AUGUCUGACGAAGAAUUUUAUUCAGAAGAAUCAUAUGAAUUUGAGUUUGAAGAAGAAGAUGGAGAUGCAGAUGAUGCUAAUGAUCAAUCAGAACAAAAUGAAGAUGAAUCAAUUGUAAGUAUCAACAAUUUUUCAAUCCCGAGGUAAAUACUAAUAACAUGUUAGGAAAAUAAAUAUUAUCAAGCUAAAAGUAGUAAAGAUGAUGACACCAAAACUGCAGUUGAUCAAUUUAUGAAUAUAACAACUUCAAAUUAUACCACAGAAGAAACUAUAUGGAUUUUUAAAUCAUAUAAACAGUUGAUGAAAUUACAAUUUAAAUUAUCUAAUUUUAAUGAAAUAUUAACAUUAUUAAAACAACUCCUUUCCUUAAUUUCAAAAUUACAAAAAUCAUACGUUGAAGAAUCAAUUAAUAAAAUGAUUAUACGAUAUUCAAAUGUUCCUGAUUUAGCAUUUAUUUCAAAUUUUUAUCAAAUUUUAUUAAAUCAAUCAGAAUUAAAUAGUGAUAGAUUAUGGUUAAAAAUCAAUUCAAAUUUAUUAAAUUUUUAUUUGGAUCAUGAAACUAACUACGAUAAAGUUCCAGGAUUAUUAUCACAAAUUUUUGAAAAAUUGAAAAAUUGUCCUGAAUCAAUACAAAAAUCCUUCACAUUGGAAAUUAUAGCUGCUGAAAUUGAUUAUUAUUCAAGAAUUAAAGUAUUAAAUUUACCUAGAAUGAAUCAACUAUAUCGAAUGAGUCUUAAAAUUACUACCGCAGUUACACAUCCAAAAAUUUUAGGUAUAAUUCGAGAAUGUGGUGGUAAAGUUCAUUUUUAUAGAGAUAAUUUUGAAAAAUCAAGAUUAGAAUUUUAUGAAUCUUUUAAAAGUUAUGAUGAAGCUGGAUCUCCUUUAAAAAAUAAACUUUUAAAAUACUUGGCUUUGGUUUCAUUAUUAAGUGAAAAUGAAUUAGAUCCAUUUGAAUCACAAGAAACUCAAACUUAUGCCCAAUCUUCAGAUUUUGAAAAUUUGAAAUUAUUAAUUAAAGCAUAUCAUAAUUUAGAUUUAAAUGAAAUUAAUUAUAUUUUGAAUCAAGAUGAUCCUUUUUUUAAAGAUGAUAUUUUUAUUUAUGCAUCAAAGAAGAUUUUAAAUAAUUUAAAAACAAAAUUAUUAUUAUAUCAUAUUAAGGCAUACUCAAGUUUGAAAUUCGAUUAUUUACAAAAAAUCUUACAAUUUGAAGAUAACGAAUUUGAGAAAUUAUUAACUAAAUUAAUCUUAUCUGGUAAAUUAGAUAAAAUUAAAAUUGAUUUCAUAAAUAAAGUAAUCUACAAUAAGGAAAGAAAUGAAUUACCUCUUUCAAUAACUCCAAAACAGAUAUAUUAUAAUUUGAAAUCUUUAGAUUCUUUAAAUUCCCCUAAUAAUGAUGAUAAUAUGGAAGUUGAUAAUGAUUAUUCAUCAUUUUUUACAAAACACCAAGAUACUUCAUUUUUAAACAAGUUCUUUUACUUAAUUGAUAGACCUAAUAAUUUAAAUGAUUGGUUUUCAACUAUUGAAAAUUGGUAUGUGUUCAUAAUGUCAAGUUUACCUCCGUUACAUAAAGUUGAAAUUAGUCAAAAAGAUCAAGUUUAUAUUGAACAAAGAGCAAGUAAUGUAAAUAAAGAAACUAAUAAAAUUGAUAACGAAUUGGCAAAUUUUAAUACUGGCUUAUUAAAUGGAAUUGUUAAUCCAGAAGAUAAUGAAGAUGAAAUUGAGACUAUUGAUAUUCAAAAGAUUCAUUUAUCUCAAAAUUGGGUUAAUAGCUUAAGAAGGUGA